UUUUUGGCCGAAUUAUGAGUUCCUAAUAUAAAAAUGUUUUUUAUUUGUUAACUUUUAGUCUUUUUACUAGUUUCACGUUUUCUAAAAUAUAACCAUAUCGUUUGUUCAUUUUCGUACACUUCGAAAAUUGUCAAUAAAAUCGCCCUUUUUAUACACCUCAUUGGAUUACGUGACCAUGUAUUUACUAUAUAUGGGCCUCAUUACAAACAUGAUUAUUCCCUAAUGACCCACUGACGGUGUUUUAGAAAGACCGCGAGUAAAAAAGCAUGGAUGCCAUCAAAAUGUCUUUUUGUAUUUUUAUUUUAAUUUAUAUUUUUUACAAUGAAGCAUCUUGUCAAACGACGCAAAACAUUAACGUGAUUUUUGCAAACGAAGAAAGCAAUACUGUCGCCGAUAAGGCAGUCAAUAUCGUCUUAAAUUAUAUUAAAAAAACUUCUAAGCUGGGACUAAGUGUGGAUUUAAAACGUGUGGUGGGCAAUAGAACAGAUGCUCCAAAUGUGUUAGAUUCACUAUGUUCAACAUAUCAAAAGAUGUUAGAUGAUAACACACCGCCACAUCUGGUGCUCGAUACUACAAAAGCAGGACUUGCUUCUGAAACUGUCAAGUCCUUCAGUUCUGCUUUGGGAAUUCCAACAGUUAGUGCAUCUUAUGGCCAGGUCGGAGAUUUAAGGCAAUGGCGCAACUUGCAGCCUAAUGAGGAAGAGUACCUCAUACAAAUAUCGCCGCCUGGUGACAUAAUUCCAGAAGUCGUGAGAACUCUCGUUCUUAAUCAAAAUAUUACGAAUGCAGCAAUUUUGUUCGAUGACUCUUUUGUGAUGGACCAUAAAUACAAGGCACUUCUUCAAAAUGUGGCUACUCGACACCUCAUCGAUGAAAUCAAUUCAGACCUAAGUAAAGUGCCAGACCAGCUAGAAGACUUGGUAAAACUGGACUUGAAGAAUUUCUUUGUCUUGGGAAGUUUAGAAACAAUCAAAAAUGUUUUGGAAGCCGCUGAAAAGAAAAACCUUUUUAACAGAAUGUAUGCCUGGCAUGUCAUAACUAUGGAUCCUGGGGAUUUAAAAGCCUCUGUAAAAAACUGCACCAUAUUGUUUGCAAAACCUAGUGUCAACACGAUAUAUCAAGACCGAUUACGCAAUAUUGAGACUACUUUUCAACUCUCGAGUGUCACUCCCGAAAUUGAGGCAGCAUUUUAUUUCGAUUUAGCUCUCAAAGCAUUUUUAUCUGUCAAAGAAAUGUUACAAGACGGCGCAUGGAAAAAAAACAAUGUUACCAAUUAUAUUACUUGUGACGACUACGAACCAAAGAAUAGCCCUAAAAGAUUCAAUUUGAAUCUCAGAUCAUACCUCCAAAAGGACUCAUCCGAACCACCAACUUAUGGCCCUUUCUAUAUAACAACGAAUGGUAUGAGCUACAUGGAGUUCUCUUUAUUAUUGUCAGCAGUAUACAUCAGAUCUGGAGCCUCUGAUAAAUCUAUUCAACUUGGAGUUUGGCAAGCUGGAUUUGAUAAUAACUUAACACUUCAUAAUCCCAGGGAAAUGAAGAACUAUACUGCUGAUAUCGUUCACAAGAUAGUAACCGUAGUGCAAAAACCGUUUAUCUAUAGAGAUGAGACAGCCCCCAAGGGUUUUAAGGGAUACUGUAUAGAUUUGAUCGAUGAAAUUGCCAAUAUUUUGCACUUUGAUUAUGAAAUUGAGGCAGUUGCAGAUGGUAUGUUCGGCAAUAUGGAUGAGCAAGGCAAUUGGAAUGGGAUUAUUAAGGAUUUAAUUGACAAAAAAGCAGACAUAGGCUUGGGAUCACUGUCCGUAAUGGCAGAACGUGAAAAUGUAAUUGAUUUCACAGUUCCAUAUUAUGACUUAGUAGGAAUAACCAUAUUAAUGAAAUUGCCCGAGACUCCGACUUCUUUGUUUAAAUUUUUGACUGUGUUGGAAAAUGAAGUGUGGCUUUGUAUAUUAGCUGCCUAUUUCUUUACCAGCUUUCUUAUGUGGGUCUUUGAUCGUUGGUCGCCAUACAGCUAUCAAAAUAACAGAGAAAAAUAUAAAGACGACGAAGAAAAAAGAGAGUUUAAUCUUAAAGAAUGUCUUUGGUUUUGCAUGACAUCACUCACUCCUCAAGGAGGAGGCGAAGCUCCAAAAAACCUUUCAGGACGUCUGGUAGCGGCUACAUGGUGGCUCUUCGGAUUUAUUAUAAUCGCUUCUUACACAGCCAAUUUAGCGGCUUUUUUGACAGUAUCAAGGCUAGACACACCUAUAGAGUCUCUUGACGAUCUGUCCAAGCAAUACAAAAUACAGUAUGCUCCUGUUAAUGGUAGUUCCACCAUGACUUACUUUCAGAGGAUGGCGGAUAUUGAGGCCAGAUUUUAUGAGAUUUGGAAGGAUAUGAGUUUAAACGAUAGCCUAAGCGAUGUUGAAAGGUCUAAGCUUGCCGUCUGGGAUUAUCCAGUCUCAGAUAAAUACACAAAGAUGUGGCAGGCUAUGAAGGAAGCAGGAUUGCCCCCAGAUUUAGAUUCAGCUAUUGAGAGAGUUAGAAAGUCAAAGUCCUCCUCUGAAGGUUUCGCUUACUUGGGUGAUGCAACUGAUAUAAAAUAUCUGGAAAUGACCAACUGUGAUUUUACGAUAGUGGGAGAGGAGUUUUCAAGGAAGCCUUAUGCCAUCGCUGUUCAGCAAGGUUCUCCGUUAAAAGAUCAGUUUAAUACUGCAAUCCUGCAACUGUUAAAUCGUCGUGAACUUGAGCGCCUUAAAGAAACAUGGUGGAACAAGAAUCCUGAGAAGCAGAAGUGCGAGAAGGCCGAAGAUCAGUCGGAUGGAAUAAGCAUUCAAAAUAUUGGCGGUGUUUUUAUUGUUAUUUUCGUGGGCAUAGGGCUGGCAUGUAUAACUUUAGCCUUUGAAUACUGGUGGUACAAGUAUAGGAAGAAUACUAAAAUUACCAAUGUGGCCGAGGCUGGAUAUAAAAAAACAAAAAGCUUUGAGAGGAAUACUGAUAAAACACUUAAAAAUAAUAAGGGCGAGUUCGGUUUAAAAGUUAGUAAAUUAUAUCCCAAGACAAAGUAUUAAAUCUGAUAUAGCAGGGAAGGCUUCUAAGACAAGUCUAAGUAAGGAGUUUAUUAAUUAUAUAAUGAACAUUUGACGUUUUUGUGAUAAAUAAGUCGUGUAUAACACAAACAUGUCUUUUUUUUUAAUAUACGGAGGUCUUAUAGAUUUUUAUUUACUGAAGUAAAUUUGAAGUCACAUUUUCAUAAAAAUGCCAAAGGCUUUUAUUAAAACUUAUGUUCUAUUAUUGUGUAUGCUAUAUUAUGUUGAUCAAAUACGGUAUUCCUUCUUCGUGACUGCUUGACGCUACAUCUUUUAAAGUAAUGAGCAAGAGAAAAUUGUAAUAGUAUAAUUGUUAAUCUUUUUUAUCAAAUAAAUAAAUUUGUUAAUAUUAAUUUAUAAAAGCAGUCAAAAAUUAAGUGUUCACACUAUUUAGUUUUGUAAUAGAUAUUGCAAAAAAAAAAGGUUGGCAUCCGCUAAAGCAAGCAACACUUUCUCGAAACAUGUUUGGCUUAAUUCCUUGAUUUUGAUGACAGCGCUUACUCAUUUACGUCGCAUUAGGGGACACCAUAUAUACAUGAAUCAAAGAAAAAUAUUUUCUCAUUAUCUAGUAUAGACAUAUAUUAUUAACCAGGCAAAUAAUGCUCAUAGAUAUGUGUGUAUUAAAUAUUAGUUAGGUGAAUUAAUAAGAAAUCUUUGCCUUGGUACUAACAAUUACGAAAUAAAUGCUAUCAAAGUUUAUAUUCUACAUUGCAAACGCACAAUACUAAAAUAUAAAUUUUAAAAGCAAAUCAUGAUUUACUAGGAUUAUAUAAAACUAGUACUGUUAGUAGGUACCUUAAUAAAAUCGUUAUAUUAAAAUAAAUUACCAUUCGAA